GGGGUCCUUCCGUGAGCGUUGAUAUGAUUGGCCGGCGGAAGAUAGUUCUCUUUUCCUUCCUGGCUGCUUGAAGAUCAGCCGCCAUUAUGAACGACACGGUAACUAUCCGCACAAGGAAGUUCAUGACCAACCGACUACUUCAGCGGAAACAAAUGGUCAUCGAUGUCCUUCAUCCUGGGAAGGCAACAGUACCUAAGACAGAAAUUCGGGAAAAACUAGCCAAAAUGUACAAGACCACUCCAGAUGUCAUCUUUGUGUUCGGAUUCCGAACCCAUUUUGGUGGUGGCAAGACAACUGGCUUUGGCAUGAUUUACGAUUCCUUGGAUUACGCAAAGAAGAAUGAGCCCAAACACAGGCUUGCAAGACAUGGCCUGUAUGAGAAGAAAAAGACCUCGAGAAAACAGCGAAAGGAACGCAAGAACAGAAUGAAGAAAGUCAGGGGGACUGCAAAGGCCAAUGUUGGUGCUGGCAAAAAGAAAUGAAGUGUCUAGCAGUGAGCUGGAGAUUGGACAACAGAAGGAAUAAAGACUCUGCAGUGACUGUGUCUGUGGUGAUUGUGCAGAUUUUUCAUGAGAGAGUUAAUAAACUAAGACUUUUUACAUA